AUGGCAAACCCAACCGGCAUCUUCCCACACUUGUGUCUCCUCAUCCUCACCCUCAUCACCCUCGCCACCGCAACCACCACCACUACAGACCCCACAACCACGGCAACAACAACAUCCACGGCGACUGCAAGCAUCUACACAUCACCAAGCAACGGCUUCUCGUACAUAGGCUGCUACAACGAGACCACGGACCUGGCCGGCACGGCCGGCAACCGCGCGCUAUACGGCGGCACCAACGAGGUGCUGCCGGGCAACAUGACGGUGCAGACGUGCCAGGCCUUCUGUCGCGCCAGCGGGUCCGUUUAUAAAUUUGCCGGGCUGGAGUAUGCUAGGGAAUGCUGGUGUGCAUCCCAGCUGUCUAGCCUGUCCAAACAGUUCCCAGACAGCGCGUGCAAUCUCACCUGCGAGGGCGAUGCCACGCAGAUCUGCGGCGGGAGCCUCAAGAUCACGGUGAGUUAA